AUGGAGAACUCAAAUGAAGUCCAGCCUCCUAUUUAUAUCCUACAACUCCCCACUGACCCACCCCCACCCAGCUCCCUACCUACCCCGCCCAACACCCCACUCCUGCCCAGCUCCCAAUCUACCCCACCCAACACCCCGCUCCUGCCCAGCUCCCAAUCUACCCCACCCAACACCCCACUCCCUCCCAGCUCCCAACCUACCCCACCCAACACCCCUCCUGCCCAGCUCCCACUACCCCACCCAACACCCCGCUCCUCCAGCUCCCAAUCUACCCCCCAACCCCACUCCUGCCCAGCUCCCAAUCUACCCCACCCAACACCCCCUCCCUCCCAGCUCCCAAUCUACCCCACCCAACACCCCGCUCCUGCCCAGCUCCCAAUCUACCCCACCCAACACCCCGCUCCUUCCCAGCUCCCAAUCUACCCCUCCCAGCUCCCAAUCUACCCCACUCAACACCCCGCUCCCUCCCAGCUCCCUACCUACCCCACCCAACAUCCUGCCUUCCCCAAAAACCCCGCCAUA